AUGAAUUAUAAGUAAAUAAUGUUAUUAUUUUUGCUUUUUAUAUAUGUAAAUUCAUAUUUAGAUGCUAAUAAAAUUAAAUACGCUGUUGAUGCAGGCAACUAAUUUUAUUACAAGGACAGACAAAAAAUAUUAUAUCGCUAUGAUCAAAAUUAUAAGGGUGGCUAACAAUUAAUGUUCUAUUAAAAGGUAACCUCAGAUUAAAAUCAUCAUUUGAUACCUCUUUAAUAUUUGGAUUAUUAUGUAUUCUAAACAUCGAGAACAGUAUCCAGUGAUCAAGAUUUUUUCAAAUACUCAAUCACCAUGAGGUUGAGUGGGAAUUACACUUUAAUUUUAUGUUUCAUUGAAUCAGAAUAACGAUCAGCACGCUUUUUCGAUAUUUAUUUGGAGGAUGAGCUAAUAAAAGAGCAGUUCGAUAUUUACAAGGAAGCAGGUGGAGUAAAUAUUCCACUCUAUUUUGCCUUUGAAUUCGAAUUCGAUGGAAAAAACAUCACAGCCAAUCGCAAGAUCAUAUAUCAGAUGAGUGACAAUAGAUUGCACUUCGAUCUCAUUUUUAAAGGCAAGGGAGCUUCAGUUAGUGCAAUCAUUCUGUAUUAGGGUAAGAUAGAAGAUAUCUUAAUUGAUCUGGAGAGUGCAUUGCUUUCUAAAGAUCAGAUCGAAGCUACCUUUAUAAAUCAAAUCGAAUUUGUUAAAGCAUUAAAACAGAAAGCAGCUCGUUAUGCUCACAAACAAAAAGGAAAGGGUAAUGAGAAUGUAAACACUUUGAUGAAUUAAUAUCUGAGUCCAUUUCAAAAAUUAAUCAAUAAUUUCGAUAUUGUAAAUAAUGUGUAUAAUGAAAUUUCGAAUGGUUUGGAACCAUCUCCUUUAGAGUUAUUCUUGGAUGCCUUAUUGAAUAAUAUCUUGGUACCUUUGGGAAAUGUUUUAAUUCAAAUCAUUGAUUUCAUCUUGGAUAAUAAAGUUCUCUCUACAAUUUUGAUAACUAAUUUAAUAUUCUAUUAUUAUUGUUUUGGCAAUAAUAAAACUCUAUUUGCAAAUGUGCCUGUUGGUUUAGUUUUAGAUGCUGAGGUUGAGAGUGAAAUGGAAAUGAAUUACAUUGCAUAAUCGCCAAAAUCACGACAUGUUAAUGUAUUGAAAUCAAAAAAAAAGAAGAAAUGA